AUGGCCGGCUGGACGCUCGAAGGAGAUGGAGAUGACAAUGGCACCUGGGGUGGUGGCAAUGACGCUGGUUUCAGUAAUGAUGAGAACGCUAGGCCUGGUGGCUUCGGUACUGAACCCGGAUACGGUGGUGAUGACUUUGCUCCUGCGGCUGAAGGCCAUGGCGAUGAUAAUCGGUGCCGGAAACAUAACAGGUCUGAGUGCACUAAACCUCGUAUUUUCAAGGGUGCUUGCCGUAUCUGCAACAAGGAAGGGCAUCCAGCCGCUGAAUGCCCUGAAAAGGCUCCCGACGUGUGCAAGAAUUGCAAGAUGGAAGGUCACAAGACUAUGGACUGCAAGGAAAACCGUCGGUUUGAUCUGAACCACAUUCCUGACAAGCUCCCCGAGGAGGCUUGGGCCAUUCUGAAGAAAGCCAGUGACGAAAGAGAUCUCGAAGAUUUCCGUGAGGGACUGAAGGUGUACUCCAAGUCUCUUCCGCAGGCCACUUUCGUGGACAUCGAAAACAAAUUGCGUGAAGAGGACCUUAAUUUUUACCUUAUUGCACUGGACAAGGAGGUUAAUGAUUGUAUCAGCCUCAUUGAUCUUCAGGGGAAGCUGAACUGCACAUACGUGGUCGGCUUUUUCUAUAGCCCCAAGCCGCAGCGCGCCAACCUCAGAGAACGCUGGCCGUCUUCCGUCGAGGAAAAUCUUGAACGUCUUGCUGACGCCGGUCUGCCUUACGAUCGACAGGUUCCCAAGUGCAACAACUGCGGCGCAUUGGGUCACACUUUUCGUGGCUGUAAGAAGGAGCGAGAGGAGCGUGAGCGUGUCGGCGUCAAAUGCGUCAACUGCAGUGCUGAUGGACAUCGUGCUCGCGAUUGCCCUGAGCCACGGCGCAAUGUUUUUGCUUGUCGUAACUGCGGCUCGGAGGACCACAAGGCAUCAGAAUGCCCCAACCCUCGCUCUGCAGAGAACGUUGAAUGCAAGCGAUGCAACGAGAGCAAGUCUCCAGCAUUGGGACAUUUCGCGAAGGAUUGUCCUCAGAAACCGCCUCCCAGAACCUGCCGCAACUGCGGAUCCGAGGACCACGUUGCGAAAGAAUGUGACAAGCCGCGCGAUGUCUCUACUGUUACCUGCCGUAACUGUGAUGAGGUCGGACACUUCAGUCGUGACUGCCCCAAGAAGCGAGACUAUUCCCGCGUCAAGUGCAACAACUGUGGUGAAAUGGGCCAUACCAUCAAGCGUUGCCCUACCGCCAAUGCCACCGAGGACGCCCCUCACGACGACAGCCACAGUCUGUACGCGCCUGUUAACGACGAGUGGAAUGAAAACGGAGGAACUCAGUGGAACGCCAAUGGGGGAACUGAGUGGAACGAUAACGGCGGAACUCAACAGGAAAGUGCCCCAGCCGAGGAAGGUGAAUGGAAUGUUGGUUCCGCUCCUGGUUGGUAGAAGAAGGACAUGGCAAGCAAAGUCGAUCAACGCAUGGUGCAUGAGGCGUCGAUCACAAUCGUCUGGAACGAUGUCGGAUACCUUUGCACGCGUGUUACUCGGUCACUUGCAUGCUUAUCUCUCUUCUCGGACAGCAACCAG